CAGCCCCCGCCCGCCGCCUCGCCCCGCUCAGAGCCGCGGCCGGCAGCAGUCGCGCAGGGCCGGCGCCGCGGCGGGGAUGCGGAGGCGCCGCGGCUGCGGCUGCUGGGGGCCGGCGGCGCUGCUGCUGCUGCCGCUGGGGCUGGGCAGCCUCCUCGCCGCCAAAGUGAACAAACACAAACCCUGGAUUGAGACAUCUUACCAUGGGAUCAUAACUGAGAACAACGACACUGUAAUUUUGGAUCCUCCCCUUGUCGCUUUGGACAAAGAUGCACCUGUUCCCUUUGCAGGUGAAAUAUGUGCUUUUAAAAUCCAUGGACAAGAAAUGCCCUUUGAAGCUGUUGUGCUGAACAAGACGUCUGGAGAAGGUCGUCUUCGAGCAAAGAGCCCUAUUGACUGCGAGCUGCAGAAGGAAUACACAUUCAUCAUCCAGGCCUAUGACUGUGGAUCAGGACCAAGUGGAACCAACUGGAAGAAAUCUCACAAGGCAGUAGUCCACAUCCAGGUAAAGGAUGUCAAUGAGUUUUCACCAGCAUUCAAGGAGAGCGUGUACAAGGCCACUGUGACAGAGGGGAAGAUCUAUGACAGCAUCCUGCAGGUGGAGGCCAUAGACGAGGACUGUUCCCCCCAGUACAGCCAGAUCUGCAACUAUGAGAUUGUCACCACAGAUGUUCCCUUUGCCAUUGACAGGAACGGUAACAUCAGGAACACUGAGAAACUGAGCUAUGAUAAACAGCACCAGUACGAGAUAAUGGUAACAGCUUUUGACUGUGGGCAAAAACACGCAACAGAAGAUGUCUUAGUACGAGUUAAUGUCAAACCAGUGUGCAAGCCAGGCUGGCAAGACUGGGACAAACGGAUUGAAUACAAGCCUGGCUCUGGAAGCAUCCCCUUGUUUCCCAGCAUUCAUCUAGAAACCUGUGAUGGACCAGUUUCCUCAAUACACACCACUAUUGAGUUGCAGACCAACUACAUUGGAAAGGGCUGUGAUCGUGAAACGUACUCAGAAAAGUCUCUGCAGAAAUUGUGUGGAGCUUCCUCAGGUGCCAUUGACCUGUUACCAUCUCCCAGUACAACAACUAACUGGACAGCUGGGCUUGUCAUGGAUAGCAAUGACAUAAUUUUUAAAUUUGAUGGAAAGCAAGGAGCCAAAAUCCCAGAUGGAAUAGUCCCGAAAAAUUUAACUGAUCAAUUCACCAUCACUUUGUGGAUGAAACAUGGACCUAGUCCUGGAUUAAGGGCUGAGAAAGAGACUAUUCUCUGCAACUCUGACAAGACAGAGAUGAACAGGCACCACUACGCCCUGUACGUGCACAACUGCAGGCUCGUGUUCCUGCUGCGCAAGGACUUCGACCAGGCCGACACCUUCCGGCCCGCCGAGUUCCACUGGAAACUGGAUCAGAUAUGUGAUAAAGAGUGGCAUUACUACAUUGUCAAUGUGGAGUUCCCUGUUGUCACACUGUACAUGGAUGGAACCACAUAUGAACCUUACCUGGUGACCAACGACUGGCCCAUCCACCCCUCCCACAUUGCCAUGCAGCUCACAGUCGGGGCUUGUUGGCAAGGAGGUGAAGUCACCAAGCCCAGAUUUGCUCAGUAUUUCCAUGGCAGCCUGGCCAGUCUUACUAUCAGGCCAGGGAAAAUUGAGAGUCAGAAAGUGAUUUCCUGUUUGCAGGCCUGCAAGGAAGGUCUAGAUAUUAAUUCUCUUGAGAGUCUUGGCCAAGGAAUAAAGUAUCACUUCAACCCUUCUCAGUCAGUCCUUGUCAUGGAAGGAGAUGACAUUGAGAAUAUAAAUCAAGCUCUCCGAAAGGUCUCAUACAUCAACUCCAGACAGUUCCCUACUGCAGGCGUACGACGUCUCAAAGUCUCAUCUAAAGUCCAGUGUUUUGGUGAAGAUGUCUGCAUUAAUAUCCCAGAUAUAGAUGCCUAUGUAAUGGUGUUUCAGGCCAACGAGCCCAAGAUUACAAUAACUGGGAUGGAUCACUUUGCUAGACCAGCUGCACAGUUUGAAAGUGAAAGAGGUGUUAUUUUGUUACCUGACAUCAGGAUUGUCAGCACAGUCACUAAAAUGGAGCAUCCAGUGGACUUAAAAGAACACGAGAGAGCUGAUAAGCCAGUGAUAGUAGAGGAAAUGCUCCACAAUUUGGAUUUCUGUGAUGUUUUGGUCAUGGGUGCAGAACUAGAUCCUGAACAAGAGUGUUUAGAACUGGAUCACGUGGAGCUCCAAGGAAAACAUCUAGAUGCCACAAAUUCCACAGCAGGAUAUUCAAUCUAUGGUGUGGACAGCAUGUUCAACUACGAGCAGGUUCUGCGGCAGAUCCGGUACCGAAACUGGGACACCACGGCCACCUUCGACAGGAAGUUCAGGGUCAAGUGCUCAGAGCUAAACGGGCGUUACACGAGCAAUGAAUUCAACUUGGAGGUUAAUAUUCUACACAGCUCCAACUCCAACUUCAUGGACCAUGUAAAUCAUAUGAUAGUACAACCACAAUUUCUCCAAUCUGUUCACCACCCUGAGGGGAGUGUAAGUGCUGUUCACAACUCAGUUGUUCCGAGCGUGGCCACCAUUGUGAUCAUAAUCUGUGUGAGCAUCCUCAUCUUCGUCAUAACCUUGGGCGUGUAUCGGAUCCGCACAGCUCACCAGCACGGCUCUGCCGACCACGAGGGAAGCAAAGACAACGAGAUGGAUUGGGAUGAUUCCGCUCUGACCAUCACUGUCAACCCCAUGGAGAAAUAUGAAAAGCCUCACCAGACAGAAGAGGAGAGUGAGGAAGAAGACAUAGAAGAUGAAGAGGAAGACACAACCAGUGCUGAAUCGGAUGAAAGUGAAGAGGAGGAGGAGGAAGAGGAGGAAGAGGAAGUGGUUGUCCAAAAGGGAGACAGACAGAAUGCCACCAGGCAAGCGCAGCUGGAGUGGGAUGAUUCCACACUCCCAUACUAACAGCCCUCCAGCCACAUCACACUUUUGUAACAACCAAUACAAUGGUUUUUCAGAGUCUAUGAAUGCAUUGACAGGAUUUGAACUGCUGCUUGCCUAUAACUGUUCUGCCUAAAAUGAUCUUAUUGUAGUAAUUGGCAAUGAUAGAACAGACCCUUUUCUUACAAAGCCUGGAGAAAACAUGGUACAAACCUACUGGCCUACCCAGUAAUAAUAAAGUAACUAGAACCUGAUCUGUUAGCAAGCAUAGUUCUUAUUUCCUAUUUCUGUACUACAGACAUGUGACAAAAGUCCUGUCACUUGACCCAUACAGGUUUUUGCCUUCAUUUGUUGGUGGUUUUUUUCAUAUAAGAGAGAUUUCAGCUUGUUAUGAAGAAUUACUUGUAUGGGUCCAAAUAACAGUUACCAAUUGACUUCACAUUCCUACAGGUAUAAAUAAUAAUCCACCUCCAAACUGGGGCAGAGUUUUAGCACUACAGGGGACAGAGACUGAAUUCCAUUUAUCAUCUUGUCCUGCCUUCUUGGAUUUAACUGUCUCUCACAAGGGAAUAUCUAGGACCUCACAUGGAAUGCAUGUGUGCCUAUGUAGAAGUGGACUGUGUAUUUUUUCAGGCAUGCUGUCAGACCCUCAAGAGAGGGAUUUUUAUCCAGCCUACCAACAGAAAUUUAAGAGAGUUUAAUAAAACCAGCAACAAGGGGCUGCUGAAGGUUACAAAAAAAAAAACCAAAACCAAAACCCAAAAAACACCCAACUCAUUCUGUGUCCACAGACUGAGUGAUAUGAUCUUAUGCAAACUGUAAAUUCUAAUGGGAUUGAUUCACUGAAAAUCUGUAGAGCUGCUCAUUAGUUAUGGAUUGAGCAAUUUGCAGCAAAUCGAUGCUUUAAACCGUCUGUCUCGUAAAAUCAUUAGCUUGCUGCAGCAUCGCACUGAAGUAGUGGAAAAUAAGUGACCCCAUUAUUCCAUAGCUAUGUAUGGCUGGGAUUUAAACAAUUAUUUUAGAUGAGGAAAAUGUUCCCUUUUGUUUAGUGAAUGCCAGCUGGAAUUCCUGUGUGACUACAAAACAUUAUACCCUAUUUCUUCUGUACUCCUGCCCACCUAUAGUGGCACAAAAGAAAGGAACAACAUACACAACUGUCAGCUCUCUUUUGUGCUCAUAAUUCUCCCUUAUUUCUUCUUCCUGAAGCCAUUUAUGUUGAGAAAAGGUUUUAUAAAGUAGAACAAGGAGAAAUAGAACCUACCUGGAACCAAAAUAAUUGAAAACAAAAACUAAACUCUUAAGAGGUUGAGAGACUAUUUUAGUUUGUUAUGGUAACACAGCAUAUUUUUCUUAAACACUGUUUAAAAUGUUAAAAAAAAAAAAAAGCAAAGCUACGUACAAUGUGUUGAUAAGUCUGUGUGGUGUGUUUUUUGUCCCCUUUCCUUUGCAUCUUCAACUUCUCUGCAUCCCAAAUGCUGCAGCACUUGCUAGGAAAACUGCUCUAAUGCAUAAAAACAAAAUGGCAUGGAAGAGAAUGCUGCUUAGUGGCUUGUCUGGUCUGGUUUUUUUUUUUUCCCUAAAUACAUCAUUUACAAUUUCAUCAUUGACUUUUGCUUUUGUAAUUUGCUGUUGAGAAUGAGCUACUUCCUCGGCUCCACUUGCCCAGGGAAACAAGCAGUCUUACCUGAGCACCCCUGAGUGGUAGUUGGUGUUGCAUAGCGUAAGUGGAGCAAUCUUUGGGGUAUCCAUCCCCCUCAAUACUAAAUUAUCAGCAGCUCCUGAAUAUCUUGGAACAUAGAGAAUAUAUUGUGGGUUUGGGGGUUCUUUUAAUUCCAGUUUCUGCAUCUAAUAGUUGAAGGGAAAUAUUGACAGCAACUAGGCCCUGUAGUUUAAUAAGUAGAAAGCAAAUGAAAAAAACCUCUAUAUUAAAUUUAAAAUUAGAAAUCUUCAAUGAUUUUAUUUGUUGUGCCGACAGUCAUCUUGUCAUGUGACUGUUAAGACUGGCAAUACAGGAGUUUUCUUACAUUAGCAGUUGUGUUUCAUUUUUAUUCUCUCAGAUGUACUAAACUUAGAAGAAUAUUUGCAGAAUCAAGCCCACAUAAAUACAAUUUAUCUGCAGGAAUAACAACUCUAAAAAUGUCCAAAAUUUCUGUUUAAUAAAAGAUUAAUAUUAACAUUUCUGAAUAUCCUGAACUAAAAUUUUAUGCUAGAUCAUUUCCUAGCACCCUACUGUCCUAAAUCUUUUCCUAGUGUUAAUUUUUGUUAGUGACAUGAAGCAGGCUCUUCGUGGUGCUUGUUAUCAGAGCAUAUCAGCAAAUCUUUCUGCUCAGAAAAAAAAAUAUUUAAAAUUAAAAGUAGAUAUUUAAAAGUAAAUUUCAGAUUUAAAACUGGAUUUAAAUUAUUUUAAGUCUCUCUUAUUCCUGAUUAUUAUUAGUGGGUUUUUUUUAUCAUAGCAAACCUUAGGCAAGUUGAAAACAGCAAUUUACAACCUUAUUGACAGCCUUUAAUUAUUUUAUAUGUUUGUUUGAAUUCAUCAGUGUGUUUCUCCAUCUAAUACUUUUAUCUUUGUGUUACUGGAAGCAAAUCUUUUCAGGUUGUACUCAUACAUUACACAAGAAGCAAACAAAGUAUUUUCUCUACUGUAAAUAAACCUACAUUUUUAAACCUAAGCAAAGUAAUACAGGCAUGUGUGUUAUCACUAAAAUUUGGUUUGCAAUAAGAUAUUCAGCAAACUAAAAUGUUUCACUGUACUUAUUUUAGAUAACUCAUUGGACUGCAUUAUGCAGCUUUUUCAUUCAAAUAAACAGAAAAAUCCUUUUCACCAAAUGUUAAUGAGAACGAGAUACUUCUUGUUCACAAAAUGAACCCUAGAAUAUUUGUAUAGCAGUGACAGCAAUGGCUUCCUGAGCAAAAGCCUACUUAUAGAAAAAUCAGAGAAAUAUCACUUUUGCUAAAACAAUUUUAACAAUAUUUCCUUCCCUCCAUGAAUUAUUUUUUGACGUAAACUACUUGCUUAAAAAAAAAACCAACCAAAACCAAGAAACCAGAACACAUAUGUGUGCAUACAUACACACACGUGGGUUUUUUCCCCCUAAUCAAAAGCUAAAAGUCUCUCCUGUCCUUUGGAAGAAGUGUUUAGAAUUGUAAAAUCACUGAGGUUGGAAAAGACCUCUUAGGUCAUCGAGCCCAACCAUUAACCCAACACUGCCAAGCCCACCACUAACCCACGUGCCCAAGUGCCACAUUUAAACAUCUUUUAAAGCCCCCAGGGAUGGUGACUCCAGAACUGCCCUGAACAGCCUGUUCCAAUGUCUAACAACCCUUUCAAGGAGGAAAUUUUCCCUAAUAUCUAAUCUAAACCUCUCUGGCACAGCUUGAGGCUGUUUGCCCUUGUCCUGUCACUUGUUACCUGGGAGAAGAGACCGACACCCACCUGGCUAUAAACUCCUUUCAGGUGGUUGUAGAGAGCAAGAAGGUCACCCCUGAGCCUCCUUCCCCAGCUCCAUUCCCUCCUCUGGGCUCACUCCAGCACCUCAAUGUCGUGAGGUCAACUUUUCUACAGUAGCAAUAAACAAGUGUAUCCAGAGAAAACAUUUUUGAAGAGGUACCCAUAAUACAGGAAUCUGUGACAGCACAGGUCUAAAAUGACAUCACAUCAAUAAUGCCUCUAAAUCUUUAAAAUUCUAAUCUAAGGCUGGGAAAAGCUGCAAAACCUACAAAUGCAAAUUCCAGAUGGUGAUAUAUGAUGUUGUCUGAAUUAAUAUAACUGCCUAAGUGGCCAUUCAUGAUUAAUACCUCUCAUUUCUUUUUUUUUUUUUUCACUUCUACCCCCUCCACAGGUGUUUUAUCUUUGCCAGUAAACCUUAAAAUGCACAGUUGUCAAGGUUAAUCUCAAUAUUUACUACAUUGGCUGAUACCAGUUCAAAUCAGAAAUAGACGUAGGGUUUAGUACUAAUUAAAAUAAACUGUUGCUAUUUGUUCAUUCCAACAGAUAAAAAUAUCCUGCAGUGGUGGUAUGACUGCUUUUUACCUGGUGAUGAUCUCCCUUGCCAAAGGCUAAUGGGAAGGAGCAGUUUGUUUCCAUUUCUGUCAUGUUGUGGUGCUGAGCUUGCUGAGCACCUGUGCACCAUCCUGACUUCAUUCUGGAAGAAAAUAAGAUUCAGAAAGGAUCAGAGGGUUAUAAAUUUCCUCCUGUGGGGAUGAAAUCCACUGUCUCCAUUGCAGGAGCUGUCCCUGCCUGACCUUAAACUGAAAAUAAUGGCACUGGAGAUCAGUAGCCCCAGGAGAAGGACUGGUCAGAGGGUAAUGCAGUAGCAGCCCUUAGUUCUCUUUGGCAAAGCCUUUUGAGCCCUGCACCUAUUUUGUGUCUCAGCUGUCUCUUUCCCUGACCUGUAACCUGAGAGGCAGCUUUAAUCUUUUACCUGGUAGGGAUCCCAGCACUCUGGGACACACCACUUCCUCCUCUGAAAGUUUUGGUGCCAGCACACACAGCACUCACUCCAACUCCAGCCGUCCGUGCUUGGCAGAACAGGGGAAUGGAAGACUGUACUGGGGUGACAGCAGGUAAAGGGCCAGUGGGACUGAGCUGCUCCUGGAAUACAGAUUAGAAUACAAAAGUUAAGGAUGUUUGCAAAAACAUAUGGAUACUUAGAGAGGAGAGGAAAUAAAACUCGAGUAUAUCUCCAGGACUUCCUCUUUCCUUAAUUCACACAUACUGACUAUGUGAAUGAAUGAAUGAAUGAAUAGCUUAAAACCUGAUAUCCCCGCUGAGACCGGGGAUAUCCUGGUAUCAGCAGGUUCUGCCCUGAUAAAAUAACUGAAUAAAAAGAGUGGAAUUAUUUGGGAGAACCUGAAUGUGCAGUAGACUCAUCUAGAUAUUUCUCUUACUUUUGAUCACAAGUCUUGGGAUUAAUCCACCUCUGGGUGAUCCCUAUAGCUGCUGACUUUAACUGAGCAACUGCUUAAAGAAGUUCUCCUCUAACAGUUGGGCAGAUCUAAGCAGAUAGGAGAAAAAAACAAGCAAACAAGAAAAAACAAAUACCAAAAUGAUUGUCAAAGACAGCAGAAAUAAAACCAUCUUUUAAGAAGUCACUAAUCUUAUUCCUAUUAAUUGUGCAUGAUUUACAGUGAAGGAGAUGUCAGUCUCAGAUGAACCAAUGAAAGUUUGUGUGUCCAGUGAUCAGGCUUUGCUUUAGCUCUAGGUUGUUAGUCUCUCCUAGAAUCCAGCUUCUUUUUUGUUAGUGUGGAGAAUAAAUACACAAAGAAUAAAGAUGACCACUAAAGUUACAGCAGAGCAAAACUCGUACUCUCUUAAAACACUGAAUCUCAAGAAAUAUUUCUGCUAAACAUAUAAGGAAAAUUACUCCAGUCAUAUCUAUCUAUCUCAGGAAGUAAUUAUACUUCAUUACCUUUGUAGGAGUAGCAAGGUUCAAUCCUAGUAUACUUUGGUUUUGUUUUUCCCUAAAGAAGACAUAAUCAUAAAAUAAAAAGCAAAAUCCUUGAACAGCACGAAAGUGAAAGGGGAGCAAGGUCUUUAAUUUCAUAAACCUCAGUCUAACGAAGUGGUUUAAAACAAUAAUUAUAGUCCACAUCAAUGAAUCUUAGCAGAAUAAAAUUAAUCCAGAAGGAUUUUUUAUGUUCAUAAUUUCAUUCCUGGUGAUGAAAAGGCAGGUACCAGAUCAGGUAACCUGUUUCCCUAGAGGCAUUUUGCUGCCUUUUGAGUAGGUACCAACAGUGAUUCGGUAGUUACAGUUUCCAUGUCUCUGCUGGCAAAUAGGAAUAGUGAUCCUGACAUCCUUCACAAAGCGCUGUGAGCCCUGUAGAUGAAAAGCAUCAUCAAAAAGCUUGGUGGUGUUAUGGUUCAAUAAUUCUCUUGCAGCUCUGCUUAUAGCCCUCAUUGUGGAGCAUGUGCAAAAGGAAUGACACAAUGGUUACGGUCAAGAACUUUGGGCUGGUGCUUCAUUAGUUAUCGCCUAUAAAGAAACUCUCUCAAUAGCGUGAAGGACUAGAAACAUUAAAGCACUGCAAACAUUAAAACAGAGUUCAGGAGAAGCCCUCAUUCCUAUUUUCAGCACUAAAAGUUGUGUGGAAAUUGUGCAUUCAUCAGCUGUUGAAGCUACAUGGCUGUGUAUUGUCAUUAUUUAUGUCUGUGCUGAGAACAAAGGAGCAGGAGGAUUUUUUCCCAGCUAAGUACAUUGUGCAGUAAAAGAGUUCAGCUUUCCCUAGGCAAGGUGCAUAAAGCCUGCCAGACGCAGAAAGAGGCUGUCUCCAAAUACAGAACAAAGGUUUUACAACCCUAUUCUAUUCUCAUGCUUUAGAAACCCAGAAAAUUUCAUGGGAGUAAAAAGGUUUUCUGCAGCCUUACCUGUUCUUUUUGUAUAAAUCUGGAUGCAGUUUUGGGUUUUCAGAGGCAUUUAACUUCCUGAUUGGAUAUAAAAUUCUUUCAAGUGUCUUUAGGUGUAUUAAGCCAUAAAUCUAUUUUUUGCUGAAGAUUCAUGAUAUCCUAAGGAAAAAAAGAAAAAAUAUUAUUAAAAUUGCACUUUUUUUUUCUUUCUACUGCUGCCUCCCCUAAAUAUAUAAACAGAUACAAAAGAUUUGCUCAGACAACCCUGACCAAGUCUGUGAAUACAAUGACAUUCCAAACCAGUACUGAAAUUUUCUUGUCUACAAUCUGCUUAAUGUGCUCACGUAUAGACAAGAAGCUGGAUGGUUGUUUUAGCUGGGCAGGCUCUUGGAACGUGGAAUGGGUCAGUUCUUUUAUAAAAUCAAGUUGUUAUUUAGGUAAGAGUGAACAGGAAAGUAGAAGAGAAUACCUUGUGAAUAACAGAAAGAGUUAAAGUUUACAGUUGAUGUGAAAAAAGUUGGAAUUUAAUCUUGUAGAAAAAAAUAAAAGACAUUAAAAGCAUGAGUGUCAAAUGGUAAGAAAAUGGAAACAUGUCCAGAACUACAGCUAUCAGAAUGAACAAGAAAGAGAAUGAAUAUGGGAUGUUGAAGGGUUCUGAGAUGACAUACAUGUAUAUGCACACACACAUAUAUAUAUAUUUUAAAAAUCACCUACUUAAUCCCACCAUGGAGGUGGUAAUGAACUAGAACCUCCAAUUAUUUAGCAUGGUUAUAAUUGUCAAUAGCUUUCUCCUUAGUUACAGUUACAUUACCUCCAGCAGAGCUGGGGAGGCAGCAAGACUGGGAGAGGUGUUGCUACAUUGUGCGUACAUUAAAGCAGGAAAUUUUGGGGCCAAGAAGGGCCCGUGGGAGUCUGGGGCAAAACAUUCUGUCUGCUGUGACUCAAAAUCAAGGGUACAGUUACCACACAUUUUAAUUUGAGGCAAGAAGUGGAGCUUUUGGACACAGACAGCUGUGCUGAUUACUUUUAGAGAUUUCCUACCAUCAGUAUACUCUGUAGGCUGACAGAGAACUGGGGUCACCCAGGACAGACUAUACUACGUAUUGUAAACACCCUUAAGUAAACUUGUUGUGCAGAUACAAAUCUCCUAAGUGACCACAUAGUUAAGACUCUUGAUUUUUGACAAUAUACAUGAUACAAAAAGAUUUCAAGGAUAACGAUUGUCCCUGAACAAAUUCAAGAGCUGAAGUUAUUACCUUCGUUCUCAGACUCGGCUGUUGGCACCUUUAUUGGCUUCUCCACAAACUGAUCUAAAAAUGUGAGCUGCAUCUGAAACGAGAUGAGAGUAUUAAAUAUUCUGUUACAAAUAGUGCACCACCAGAAUCUUGAGUAAAUUCCUGAUUGUGGUUAACAGGCAGUUCUGAACAAAGGGUCAUCACAACAGGGAUAGAAAGAUAUACCACAGUGGGUUAUUGCUUUGCAGAGUAAUACACAGUAGGGUUAGGCUUCCUAAGAACUGCUUCAUCGAAACUUCAGUGCAUUUAGAAGUUGCUUCUAGACUCAUAAAAUCCUAGAAAUAUAGAUUAGUAGACAUAAAAAGUAGUGCAGUAUUAUUAUGCUAACAGUGCAGAAUUGUUCCCUAGAAUAUAUUUUCUAGUGUUAGGGGUGGGGGUGCUUCAACCUACUUAAAUGUUUCUAACCCUGAGGCUCCUACUGCUUCCCUUAGGAGAUUGUUCUAGAGCCUAUCAGAAUUCAUCACUAGAAAGCUUUUCCUGAAAAUGAAUUUAAAUAAUCCCUUUUGUAAUUUUUAUCUCAUUAGUCCCAGUUAUACCCUUUUGCACCACUCUAAAUAAUUCCUCUAACCAUGAUUUAUAUCCUUUGAAUAUUUUUAGAUAGUAAUCAAGUUCGUUGCCUUUGGUCAUUUAUUAGAGACGCUGUGAAUCCCUCCUUGUCCCAAAUCAUUCCUUCAGUCUCGUAUUUCUUACCUUUUCAUGAAACCUCAUUAAUACAAAAACUAAACCCCUGAUAUUUCCUUAAAUUAGUCACGGUCAGUUCACUCUGUUAAGUGCUCUGUGUUGGUGUGUGUCACUGCAUAGGUUGUCAAAGGUUAAAAAAAUAAAUUGAAACCUAAUUUUUUAAAAAAUCUUUUCUGUAAUCUAUGGAUGAGUUCUCAUUAUACGAAUUUGGCAGUGUCUUUUAUGUCGGUAUGAUUUAACAAAGCCAACCAAUAAAUGCUGGAGCCAACCAAACAAUAAUACAAAGUUGUAAUUUGUUAAAAAUGAGAUUGCUAUCAUUAAUGUAAAAACAGACAUUGUCAUUCACGUGCCCAUGCUUUUAAGUCUCCCUACACUAAAUGGUAACUCUUAUGAAUAUGUUCAUUUAAGACAGAUUGUGUUGCUUCUCCUCAAAUCUCAUCGGUAGAAUGCACCUACUUUCUAAAACAAGUGCUCAAGAUUUCAGCCGUGUGCUAACUGCUGCAAAGAAAUAGAAUUGUGCCAGCUCUUCUGAUUACUGCCAUGCAUUACACUGCAAAUUUGUGAUGCAUUUAUGGUCUCUGACUGGCAUGGUGAGUAGAUGGUUCAUUUUCAAGCAUGCCUCAAGCAAGCCUCUGUUCCCUGGCUCAGAACCCUCCUCACUCAGGCAAGCAGGAAGGAUAAACACAGUCAGCUUAGGUCUUUGAAUUGAUCUGUUUCCCCCUUCUACUCCUGCCUUGUGUACCUGAAAGCCAACCCAGAACUGAAAUCCUUGUGCUCAAAGCCCACUGUGCCCACUAAGACCCAAGGGAAAUAAAACCGUCGUCCUCAUUUGCUCUGUCUGCAAGGAUUGGUGUGAAAGGGAGAGCAGGAACACAAAGGCUUCCUGUGGGGACUUUAGGGAACUCUACACUUCCCUCAGCACAUCUCUCUCCCCAGUAGGUGUUCAAUCAGCAUUGUGCAAACUGUAUUGUAGGAAGAGAUGAAUUGCCAUCAGAGGGUUUAGGUCACUUGCCACCUCUCACCUUUCCAAAACAAGCCAUUGCUCGAAGAGUAACCGAAGUCUAGGACUAAGUGGGAAGAUGAAUGAACCUUGCAAGGUGAGGAGGCUGCAACACAAAGGGAGAGGGAAAAGAAAAAAAAAAAAGUAAUUCCUGAGCAAGGGACUUUUAAAACAUGACUUAAAAUGUGAUGAGCAGGAGAGCGGGAAUCAGACAUUCACCCUGAGUAUUGCUGCAGUUCGGUGAAAGGGGUUGUUCUAAUUAAAAUUAACCAUAUUAUAUUACUGUAUAAUUAAACAUUUUAUACGUUACUGAGAGUGUAGGAUUUUGGAGAGUGAGAGAUUCUCAUCAUGCUGAAUGUAGCAGCUGUGCUCUAGUUGGCUGGGACAAUUCUAUUUCAUAUUUCAUCAUAGUUUGACAGUAAAAGUGAUACUUCAUCUGCCUGCAAAAAUGUAGAACAGUUCAUCAUUUCCCAGAUUGCUUCCAUGUUGGUGUAUUAGUUCUUAUUGAGGAGCAGUAACUGCAGUUGGUAGCAUGUAUUUUGUAGCUUGGGAUUGCUUCCUAGCAGUCCCAUUUUUGUGUAGUUGUGGCCACUUCUAUUGAUAAUAAAAAUAUACCAGAGAAGGGAUUCAAAUAAAGAUAUGCUGUAUGGUUGUGACUCCUUAAAUAUGUCUCAAACCAACAGACCCUUCAGUUCAGCUCUUACAUGAAAUAUCUUAAUGUUUAUGUGAAACAACGAUAAAACCACGUCUUGAAAUGUCUUUUUGCAGAUGCUAAUUGCAUUUCUGAAAGCAUGAAUCUAUACCAUUUAUGCAGGAUGAUGAAUCAAAUGACUAUAUGCAAUUAAAAAGGUGAAUAUGAAAUUAUUUUUGAGCAGAUACCAAUCUGCUGUGUAAAAAAAAAGAAAGAAAAAAACAACCCUUUCUAUAUGAAAAUGUACAGUAAAUUUUGACACAUAAUAAAGUACAUGAAACCUAACUUUACAUAUAGCGGGAAGAAGUUGUACAAAACCCCUUCCAUGGCAUAGUGGUGUCUUUCAAAAAGUCAUGUCGAUUUGCUCAGUCAUUUAUGAAUCCAACAUUGUUAAUAUCCAUACAUUUUCCACGUGACUGGUUCAAUGCAUAAUCGAAAUAAAUCUGUUAUUUUAAAAUUCGUCCUGUACAUGUAUAAAGCCAGAUUCAUUUUUUGUGGUCACUAUGGCACUUUCUGUGAAUUGGCCAAUAAAUAUAAUUUUAGAAUUUCACAUAAAA